GACAGGAAAGAUGUCGGCUGGCGGUGGCUGAAAGGAGCAUCUCCGUGAACUCCGAUUGAAGGGAACCUAAUCGGGGAAGCGAGUUGGAGAGGGCGGGUCGGGCGGAGGCCGGACGUGGGCGCCGAGGCUGCGUAGCGAGACUGGAUAGAGGGGGAGUGUGAGGUGCCGCAGCCCGGUAAUGCCCCGCAGCCCUCGGGGCAGCCGCGGAGCCGGGAAGCCCAGUGCCGAGGGACCGAUUCAUGCCGCCGACUGGCUUAGAGCCCGCCAGAAUGAACAGGAAGAAAGGCGACAAGGGCUUUGAAAGUCCAAGGCCAUACAAAUUAACCCAUCAGGUCGUCUGCAUCAACAACAUAAACUUCCAGAGGAAAUCAGUUGUGGGAUUUGUGGAACUGACUAUAUUUCCCACAGUUGCAAACUUGAAUAGAAUCAAGUUGAACAGCAAACAGUGUAGGAUAUACCGAGUAAGGAUCAAUGAUUUGGAAGCUGCUUUUAUUUAUAAUGAUCCAACCUUGGAAGUUUGUCACAGUGAAUCAAAACAGAGAAAUCUCAAUUAUUUUUCCAAUGCUUAUGCAGCUGCAGUGAGUGCUGUGGAUCCCGAUGCAGGAAAUGGAGAACUUUGCAUUAAGGUUCCAUCAGAGUUAUGGAAACACGUUGAUGAAUUAAAGGUCCUAAAGAUACACAUCAAUUUUUCUUUGGAUCAGCCAAAAGGAGGCCUUCAUUUUGUGGUACCCAGUGUAGAGGGAAGUAUGGCAGAGAGAGGUGCUCAUGUUUUCUCUUGUGGGUAUCAGAAUUCCACAAGAUUUUGGUUCCCAUGUGUUGACUCAUACUCUGAACUGUGUACAUGGAAAUUAGAAUUUACAGUAGACGCUGCGAUGGUGGCUGUUUCCAAUGGAGAUUUGGUGGAGACGGUGUAUACCCAUGAUAUGAGAAAGAAGACCUUCCAUUACAUGCUUACCAUUCCAACAGCUGCAUCAAAUAUCUCCUUGGCCAUUGGACCUUUUGAAAUACUUGUAGAUCCAUACAUGCAUGAGGUUACUCAUUUUUGUUUACCCCAACUUCUUCCAUUGCUUAAACAUACCACAUCAUAUCUUCAUGAAGUUUUUGAAUUUUAUGAAGAAAUUCUUACAUGUCGAUACCCAUACUCCUGCUUUAAGACUGUAUUCAUUGAUGAGGCUUAUGUUGAAGUUGCUGCUUAUGCGUCUAUGAGCAUUUUUAGCACAAAUCUGUUACAUAGUGCCAUGAUUAUAGACGAGACACCUUUGACUAGAAGGUGUUUAGCCCAGUCCUUGGCCCAGCAGUUUUUCGGCUGUUUCAUAUCCAGAAUGUCUUGGUCUGAUGAAUGGGUACUGAAGGGAAUUUCAGGCUAUAUUUAUGGACUUUGGAUGAAAAAAACUUUCGGUGUUAAUGAAUACCGCCAUUGGAUUAAAGAGGAGCUAGACAAAAUAGUGGCAUAUGAACUGAAAACUGGCGGAGUUUUACUACAUCCCAUAUUUGGUGGAGGAAAAGAGAAGGAUAAUCCGGCAUCCCAUCUGCACUUUUCAAUAAAGCAUCCACAUACGCUCUCCUGGGAAUACUACACUAUGUUUCAGUGUAAAGCUCACCUUGUGAUGAGAUUGAUUGAAAAUAGAAUCAGUAUGGAAUUUAUGCUACAAGUUUUCAAUAAACUGCUAAGUUUGGCUAGUACAGCUUCCUCUCAGAAGUUCCAGUCACAUAUGUGGAGUCAAAUGCUGGUUUCCACAUCUGGGUUUUUGAAAUCCAUCUCAAAUGUCUCUGGCAAAGACAUUCAGCCUUUAAUAAAGCAAUGGGUAGACCAGAGUGGAGUGGUAAAAUUUUAUGGAAGUUUUGCAUUUAAUAGAAAACGAAAUGUCUUAGAAUUGGAAAUAAAGCAAGAUUAUACGUCUCCUGGAACUCAGAAAUAUGUGGGACCACUUAAAGUGACAGUGCAGGAGUUAGAUGGAUCUUUCAAUCAUACAUUGCAAAUUGAAGAAAACAGCCUUAAACAUGAUAUACCCUGCCAUUCCAAAAGCAGAAGGAAUAAGAAGAAAAAAAUUCCACUGAUGAAUGGAGAAGAAGUUGAUAUGGAUCUUUCUGCAAUGGAUGCUGAUUCCCCUUUGCUGUGGAUAAGGAUAGACCCUGACAUGUCGGUACUGAGGAAAGUAGAAUUUGAGCAAGCUGAUUUUAUGUGGCAGUACCAGCUCCGCUACGAGAGGGAUGUUGUUGCGCAGCAAGAGUCCAUUUUGGCCUUGGAAAAGUUCCCCACUCCAGCAUCACGGCUUGCGCUUACUGACAUAUUAGAGCAAGAGCAGUGUUUCUACCGAGUAAGAAUGGCAGCUUGCUUCUGCCUUGCAAAGAUUGCAAAUUCCAUGGUGAGCACGUGGACAGGACCACCAGCCAUGAAGUCACUCUUCACUAGAAUGUUUUGUUGUAAAACUUGUCCGAACAUUGUGAAAACAAACAACUUUAUGAGCUUUCAGAGUUAUUUUCUACAGAAGACUAUGCCAGUUGCAAUGGCUCUGUUGAGAGAUGUUCACAACCUUUGUCCCAAAGAAGUCUUAACAUUUAUUUUAGACUUAAUCAAGUACAAUGACAACAGGAAAAAUAAGUUUUCAGAUAAUUAUUAUCGUGCAGAAAUGAUUGAUGCUCUUGCCAACUCUGUUACGCCUGCAGUGAGUGUGAAUAAUGAAGUUCGAACUUUAGAUAACUUAAAUCCAGAUGUGCGACUGAUUCUUGAAGAAAUCACCAGGUUUUUGAAUAUGGAAAAGCUUCUUCCAAGUUAUAGACACACCAUCACUGUCAGCUGUUUGAGAGCCAUACGAGUGCUUCAGAAAAAUGGACACGUGCCAAGUGACCCAGCUCUUUUUAAAUCUUAUGCAGAAUAUGGCCACUUUGUGGACAUUAGGAUAGCAGCUUUGGAAGCAGUUGUUGAUUAUACUAAAGUGGACAGGAGUUAUGAAGAACUGCAGUGGCUACUUAAUAUGAUUCAGGAUGACCCUGUACCCUAUGUAAGACAUAAGAUUCUAAAUAUGUUAACUAAGAACCCACCGUUUACGAAGAACAUGGAGUCUCCCUUGUGCACUGAAGCCCUGGUGGAUCAACUUUGGAAACUGAUGAAUUCCGGUACUUCCCAUGACUGGAGGCUACGGUGUGGUGCUGUGGACUUGUACUUCACACUUUUUGGCCUCAGUAGACCUUCCUGCUUGCCCUUGCCAGAGCUUGGGUUGGUUCUCAAUCUCAAAGAGAAAAAAGCUGUCUUGAAUCCGACCAUAAUUCCAGAGGCCAUCGCAGGCAACCAAGAAGCUGCAAUUAAUCCAAGUAGCCAUGCACAGCUAGUUGGAUUUCAGAACCCUUUUUCAAGCUCUCAAGACGAAGAAGAGAUUGAUAUGGAUACUGUUCAUGAUAGCCAGGCCUUCAUUUCUCAUCAUUUGAACAUGCUUGAAAGGCCAUCAACUCCAGGGCUCUCUAAGUACCGGCCGGCCAGCUCUCGGCCUGCGCUGAUACCCCAGCACUCGCCAGUCAGCGACGGUGCGCCCGCUGCCAAGCCCCAGUGGGGUGUGGAGCUUGCACGGAAGGGAGCAGGUAAAGAACAGCCCCCUUCGGAGAUGAGCGUGCCUCCGGUCACAGCGGCCCCGCUCUCGGUGUUCACGAAAGGGCCGGCGUCCUCCAAGCACGGCGACCACCACCACCACCACCACCACGAGCACAAGAAGAAGAAGAAGAAGCACAAACAUAAGCACAAGCACAAGCAUAAGCACGAGAGUAAAGAAAAGGACAAGGAGCCUUUCACUUUCUCCAGCCCCGCCAGCGGCAGGUCUGUUCGCUCCCCUUCUCUCUCUGACUGAGCAGAGGAUGCGGGAGGCCUUGCCCUCGGUGUCAGGAAGUCAGGUGUACCUGAAACUUUGGUCUCCGUAAAGAAUGGUAAAGGAAGAAACCUGCCACCCGUAGAAAUUCAGAAUCCAUUUAAAUUCUAAACCUCUGAUUUACAUCAUUUAUACAGUUGGGAUGUGAUAAGGAAAAUGUGUUUAUGUUCCGAAUAAACUGUCUCAUCCCAUUUCCUCUUUAAAGCGUGCGCGGGCACACCCCCCCACAGAGCAAACCUCUUUUCCUGAAGGCCCGCACGUCCACUGGCAGCCCCCGUUCACGCCACGGUCUCCACGUGCACUGCCAAAGUCAGUUAUGUUUGAAAGCCUUUGAUGGGCGUUCCCGGGCCAAGUGUUAAACAGAAGCUACUGCCAAAUCUUGUGAAAGUCUCUGAUUCCAGGGAUAUAUAACACUAUUUGGAACUACUGCAGAAGGCAGAAGCUUCUCCAUAGGAAUCUGCUUGAUUGCAUGUUUUGAGUGUGUUAACCAUAGAAUGUAAGCAUCAGAGUUUAUAAACAAGACUACAUGGUAUUUUGUUUUGCCCUAAAAUACUGAAAUUUUCAGAAGCAACCUUUUAAAAAAAAAAUUCAAUAACUUUUUUGAUAAUGCAUUUGGCAAUUAUGAUGUUGGAAUUUAACAGAACUAUCAAAUCCAGUUCUCAGAUUGAGAUGUUUAAAUUAUGUUAUUUUUUCAUUAACUGCAGGUGAAGAAGUCCAUAUGUAAUAUGUUUGCUAAAUGUGAACAGUUUACAGAACCAACACCUUCUAAAAUUAUUCCUAUAUAACACAAAUUAUGAUAUCUUAAGGCAGUGUUUAUAUACUGCGUGUUAACUGGGACGUAGACAAUUUGGUCCUCAUGUCAACUGCCAUCGCAUUUAAGGCAUAAGAAUGUUCUGGUUUUGAACCUCAAUAGUUUGUGUGUUUGUAUGUUUUUUGUUUUAUUUCUGAAUUUACCAUGUGCUUUAUUGUUUGUUUGUUUAAAAUGUUUUCAUAUGUGUUGUAUUUUUAUCAUUUCCCUUAUCAUUAAGAAGUUUGGAAGAUACUUCUUCUCAGAGUAGAUAUU